AUGCAAAAAUUACGUACAAAACAGUCCAAGAAGUCUAAAGGUUUCGAAAAACCCUUUCGAAAAACUGCUACGGAUCGUGUUGAAACAGUGUGGAACAAUAGUAAGGACCUUCCUGAUCUUAGAGUCAGGACGAAUUUCGGUGAGUACUGGAAUGUAGUUGAUCAAACCAGGCCGCCUCAGGCGAUAAUGGAUGCUAUUAAUGAUGCGGGUUUUGAGUGGGUGUUCAAGUUGGGGCAGGUCAAGCAUGACAGGGGCUUGAUCACUGCUUUUAUCGAGAGGUGGCGUCCAGAGACGCACACUUUUCAUCUACCUUUCGGUGAGGCCACCAUUACACUGGAGGAUGUCCAUCACAUUCUCGGGUUACGAACCACUGGACGGCCAUUUAUUCUACAUGGCUUCACCACCACAGCUCGCCAGAGGAAGGACAUGAUACGCGAUCUUCUUGGACUGACUCUCGAGCAGGGUGAUGUGAGGAAAAACUGCUUGAGGAUCGGUUGGUUGAUUAGUAACUUUGGCAACUGA